UUUUCAACUUGGCGUUUUGUUUGUUCUACGAUGUGGACGUGCGACGUAUGCGAUCGUACAUUUGGGAAUAAGGGUGCUCUUGGUAACCAUGUAAAGUGGAAACAUGCACAGGCUCGGUUGCCAGAGCGAACCAAUGGUGGUGAAUUUGUGUGUCCCGAUUGUGACAAUGCCUUUGGUAGUUUAGGAGGUCUUUAUGUCCACCGUCGUGCAAGGCAUCCAGAUGUGUACCAUGCUGCUAGACAACCGGCAGCUAGGGUGAAAGCCAGGUGGUCCUAUGAGGAGAUGGUCCUUGUAGCUAGAGCGGAGUUAGAAAUCCGUGGGACCAACCCCCCGCAGGGGGUUGUCCGUGUGCUCCAUUCUCGGUUCCCGAUCGAACUUUCGAGGCCAUCAAGUGUCUGCGGAACAAGAACCCCCGCUAUAAGGAGGUUCUUGCGGCUCUUGAGGUUGAGGAGGUAGACGGGGAACUACCCACGGUAACACCUAGCGAGCAACCCCAUACCUCUGCUCAGGCAGAUGGUUUAUGGAGGGACCAGCUCCAACAGGCGAUUAAUAUCGAACACCUUGAUGUUGAUGACCUGGACUGGGUGGCUGAUGGUUGUGCUACUGAGGAUAUUCGGAAGAAACUCGAUGAGUUGUUUGCGUCAUGGGUCGGACACCUUGUGCGUGGUGAGCGGGCUCCUGCUAGGAGUCAUCAGCCCACGACAGGUGCUGCGAACCCUAAUCGUGAGUUAGAUCCCCAAAGGCGUAGACGAGCGCAAUACAGUGCAAUUGACUCUGGCAGAGAU